GGAGAGGAGUCAAUGGUGGGCAAGGACUCCGGUGGCGAGGGCAGUGUUUUGAAUGUGGCUGCUUGUGCGAGUGCUGUGUAGAGUUGUCUGAGUUUAUGGAUCCACUGACUGAGGAAAAUGUACUUCGCUAUAGUGAUCCUUGUCCUGACUAAGGCUCUGCUCACAGAGGUGUGCGACGCCCUGAACGUGACGGUGACCCCUCGGCCCGUCGUCAUGGUAACGGAAAGCGACAACUUGACCCUGUCCUGCCUGGUGUCCCAGAGGAAGAGGAACAGCAGCGUUCUCGUCCUCCGCUGGUUCUUCUCUCCUCCGCCUCCUCCCGCUGCUGCUCCCACUCUCCCGCCUCCACCUCCGCCACCUCCACCGUCCCCGCCGCCACCAGCGCCCCGGCCCUCGGAGCUCCUCAUCGUCAAGCUGGGCAUCAAGAAAAUGAAGACGUACGGGAACUACACCCGCAGUUUCUCCCAGCCUAAGUUCUGUCUCUAUGAGGAGAAGGAGGUCGAGAUUUACCGGCUGUGGAUCCUCAACGUGACAGGGAGGGACCAGGGCUCCUACACCUGCCGAGUCCAGGAGAUCUACCGACACAGGAACACCUGGAGGGCACUGUCCAACGGCUCCAGCUCCGCCCAACUCAUAGUGCACUUUACCCAUGAGGAAAGCAGCAGCGAGGGAGUGUGGCACUUGUUUGCAGACGUCUAUCUGUGUGUGGCGCUGAUCUGCUCGCUGGGCCUUCUGACCAUCUUCUUCUUCUCGCUAGUUCUGACUUGCCAGUACAUUCACAGCAGACACAGGCUCAAAGCCAGUUACAUCCUGGUGAAGUGCCCAGAAAGCAGCUCAGGAGAGACUGUGACUAGCUCCGUCAGCUCCUCUGGCUCCUCUCCCAGAGCACCCAGGAAAAAAACCAGACGAAAACCUGACAGGAAAUUAACCCCAUCCACGCCUAAAAUACCAGAGGAGCCGCCACCAGACAUACCCCCUAAAGCACCCGUUGUUAAACAGAAACCUCAGAAGCCCAGAAGAUUAAAGGCUCAACUUAAGAGUUCUGCAACGCCGCGGGCGUCGGAGGAGGACAAUCUGACCUACGCCGAGCUAGAGCUGGUGAGACCCAGGCCCGAUCCCCCGGCCUCCUCGGGCCCCGACCCCGCUGGCUCCUGCCCAGACACAGUGUACGCUCAGAUCCUUUUCCAGGAGAAACAGCUGUAAACGCGACAGCUCCAUGUCCACGGAUGUUACUGCACCUCCUUGGCAAGCGCAGAGACUCAGUCAUCCAAAUUGAAUUCAGCGACAGCCUCUAUUUAUAAAACUUUCAUCUGGACAUCAUCUCUCCCUUUUCUUCGUUCAUAAGUAUGCUACAGCCUCCGGCGGAAAGUGUGAUCGGUGCUUUGCCUCUGUAGAGUCCCCUUCCACCGCCACAGAUUUCUGGUUUUAGUCGUGCGGCGCCUCACGACCCUGGCUUCUAACUCACUGGCAUUUCUCACGUUUAAGCUGUACCAUCUGUGAAGAUUUGUAGGGGGGUUGUGACCCCUCUAUAAAUGUUUGUGAGUGCAUCUAAAAAUAUACACUGUUGUAAGAUGUUAAAGAGUUUUAAUGUUUUUAGAUUCACAUUAUAAUCUUCGUUUGUAAGAAAACUGUCAAUAUUUUUUCUGCCCCCCCCCCCAAUCCUCUCUCAGCCUCUCCCUCGUAUUAUGUCACUGGGUAUUGUCCAUGUGGUUUCAUUUGAGGUCGGAUUUCACAGAAACUCCAUCAACAGAGAAGCGAGUAAGACGUGUUCUAUCACCUUUAACCUGCUCAGACAAAUGACUCUUUAGAUAAAAGCUUCGAAGUGUUUCUGUGUCAGCUUGCUUUUCUGGGACGUUGGUUG